CGCGCGCCCAGGCGGCGCGAGGUCAGGGCCGGGGGAUGUUACUCCGGCUGGUGGGGGCGCCGGUCAGCCGGGCCCUGGCCUGGCCGUUUUCCAAGCUGUGGCGAUGUGGCGGGGGCGCAGGAAGCGGCGGGACGGUGUGGAGCAGCGUGAGGGCCUGUGGCAUUGCCUGGCAGUGUCAUCCCGGGAAAUGCUCGAAGCAGCUGGCUCUGCAGGGAAGACUGACCGCCUUCUCCCCGAGGCUGUGUUCGAAACCGCCCAGAGGUUUUGAGAAAUUUUUUAAGAAUAAGAAGAACAAAGGAAGUACCAACCCAGGAAAUUCAGUAGCUCCAGAAAAAGAACCAAAGAACGCUAGGCCUGGAGGAAAUGGAGGCCAGAGAGGAGGGAAACAAGAUGACCUUGGCUGGUGGAAACGCAUGCAGAAGGGGGAGCUUCCUUGGGACAACAAAGACUUCCGGAGCCUGGCUGUUUUGGGGGCAGGCGUGGCUGUGGGAUUUUUAUAUUUCUAUUUUCGAGAUACCGGAAAAGAGAUCACCUGGAAACACUUUGUGCAGUAUUACCUGGCCAGAGGUCUGGUGGAUCGGUUGGAGGUCGUGAAUAAGCAAUUUGUGCGUGUUAUUCCUGUUCCUGGGACAACAUCUGAGAAAUUCGUGUGGUUUAACAUCGGUAGUGUUGAUACCUUUGAACGGAACCUUGAAUCUGCCCAGUGGGAACUGGGGAUUGAGCCGACCAACCAGGCUGCUGUGGUCUACACUACUGAGAGUGAUGGCUCUCUUCUCAGAAGCCUGGUGCCCACCCUGGUCCUUGUUAGCAUUCUGCUCUAUGCUAUGAAGCGGGGUCCAGUGGGGACGGGGCGUGGCGGGCGUGGAGGAGGCCUAUUCAGCGUUGGUGAGACGACGGCCAAGAUCUUAAAGAACAGCAUUGAUGUGCGAUUCGCAGACGUGGCUGGCUGUGAAGAAGCCAAGCUGGAAAUUAUGGAGUUUGUUAAUUUCCUGAAGAAUCCAAAGCAAUAUCAGGACUUAGGAGCCAAAAUUCCAAAGGGAGCAAUGCUCACUGGCCCACCGGGUACUGGCAAAACACUUCUUGCAAAAGCAACUGCCGGGGAGGCCAGUGUGCCCUUCAUCACUGUGAAUGGGUCGGAGUUCCUGGAAAUGUUUGUUGGUGUUGGGCCAGCACGGGUUCGUGACAUGUUUGCAUUGGCCCGGAAAAAUGCUCCUUGUAUUUUAUUCAUUGAUGAGAUCGAUGCAAUUGGCAGGAAGCGAGGCCGUGGUCACCUGGGAGGCCAGAGCGAGCAGGAGAACACUUUAAACCAGAUGCUUGUGGAGAUGGAUGGAUUCAGCUCUGCCACUAAUGUGGUCGUGCUAGCUGGCACCAAUCGCCCUGACAUCCUGGACCCAGCCCUCACACGGCCGGGCCGCUUUGACCGCCAGAUCUACAUUGGUCCCCCUGACAUCAAAGGCAGGUCCUCUAUUUUCAAGGUCCACUUGCGACCGCUCAAGCUAGAUGAAAGCCUCACCAAAGACGCCCUUUCCAGGAAGCUGGCAGCUCUCACCCCAGGCUUCACCGGUGCUGAUAUUUCAAAUGUGUGCAAUGAAGCAGCUCUGAUUGCUGCCCGUCAUCUUAGCCCUUCCGUCCAGGAGCGGCACUUCGAGCAAGCCAUCGAGAGGGUCAUUGGAGGCCUUGAAAAGAAGACGCAGGUCCUACAACCCAGUGAGAAGACAACUGUAGCCUACCACGAGGCCGGCCAUGCAGUGGUGGGCUGGUUCCUGGAGCAUGCAGACCCUCUGCUGAAGGUGUCCAUCAUACCUCGGGGCAAGGGGCUUGGCUACGCCCAGUACCUUCCCCGUGAGCAGUACCUCUACACACGGGAGCAGCUCUUCGACCGCAUGUGUAUGAUGCUGGGGGGUAGGGUGGCUGAGCAGCUGUUCUUUGGUCAGAUCACCACAGGGGCUCAGGAUGACCUGAGGAAGGUCACGCAGAGCGCCUAUGCCCAGGUUGUGCAGUUUGGAAUGAGCGAGAAGCUGGGCCAGGUAUCCUUUGACCUCCCCAGACAAGGCGAAACCAUGGUGGAGAAGCCGUACAGUGAGGCCACUGCCCAGCUCAUUGAUGAGGAGGUCCGGUGCCUCGUCAGGUCUGCCUAUAAUCGAACCCUGGAGCUGCUCACACAGUGCCGGGAACAGGUUGAGAAGGUGAGCAGGCGACUCCUGGAGAAAGAAGUGCUGGAGAAGGCCGACAUGAUAGAGCUCUUGGGUCCUCGGCCCUUUGCAGAGAAGUCUUCCUAUGAGGAAUUUGUAGAGGGGACCGGCAGCCUAGAGGAGGACACGUCCCUUCCUGAGGGCCUGAAAGACUGGAAUCAGGGGAGGGAGGGAGGAAGCCCUGAGCGGCGGUGCUUGCAGGAGAGUCCUGUGUAGCCUGUGGCCUGUGGGUGGCUGCCCGUGACCGCUGUUGAUGGGAGCUGCUUGACUGUUGGGGAGUAGCUGCCAGAGGGACUGGAAAACAAAUUAAAACAGGUGACAACUGCAGACAGAUGUUUUAGACAAGAUCUUCAGAAUCCAGAGGGGAGCUGGGACUUGGUGGCAUCCAGCCAAGGAAAUAGCCAAGGGAGCACAGGUAUGGCCUGAGACCAUAGGCCUGGACCUAGACGUUGGCCAGUUCAGAUAGGAGAGGAAGUUGGACUCUGGCUUCUGUGAAGCCAUGAAUGUUGUCUUCUGCGGGAUCCCUGUGUGGGGCCAUUUGGAACUACAUUGUGCCUUCAGUAGACACAGCUGAUCGGUUUCCAGGUGUGUCUCUUAGAGCUUGCCUGAGGUAACUGCUCAGAGGGCAAGCCUGACCCCACACAGAUAGAGUUUGGUAAAGAAUUAAGGAAGAUGUAAGCUAAUUUACAAA